AUGCAGGGCACCGGCGAGGAGCUCUUCGACCACAUCGUCAACUGCAUCAUGGUCUUCCAGCAGAAGCAUGACCUGAUGCAGCAGGUCCUGCCUCUUGGCUUCACCUUCUCCUUUCCCUGCCAACAGCUGGGCCUGGAUAAGGCAGUGCUGCUGAGCUGGGCCAAAGGCUUCAGCGCCUCAGGCUGUGUGGGGCAGGACGUGGUUCACCUGCUGCAGGAGGCUGCGCAGCGCAAACAGCUCUCUAGUCUGAAGGUGGUGGCUGUGGUCAACGACACAGUGGGAACCAUGAUGUCCUGUGGCCAUGAUGACCCCAAAUGUGAAAUUGGCCUCAUUGUGGGGACAGGGACCAACACCUGCUACAUGGAGGAGAUGCAGAACGUGGGCACCGUGGAGGGAGAUCAGGGCUGCAUGUGCAUCAACAUGGAGUGGGGAGCCUUUGGGGACAAUGGCUGCCUGGACCACAUCUUCACCAACUUUGACAGGCUGGUGGACAAGAAAACCAUCAACCCGGGCAAGCAGAGGUUCGAGAAGCUCAUCAGUGGCACGUACCUGGGCGAGAUCAUGCGGCACAUCCUGCUGGCACUGGUGGAGAGACAACUCCUGUUCUGUGGCAAGUCCAGCCCUAAGCUUCAGACCAGGGACACCUUCCAGACCAAGUUCCUCUCUACCACUGAGAU